AUGUGCGCGGCGGGGAAGCGCUGGGACCCCCGGGCGCGGGCCGUGCUGUGCUGCUUCCUGCUGUCGGCGUGGGAAGCGGCGUGGGGGCAGCUGCGGUACUCGCUGCCUGAGGAGGUGCCCAAGGGUUCCUUCGUGGGAGACGUGGCCAAAGACCUGGGGCUGCAGAUGCCGGCGCUCAGCGACGAUGGUGUCCGCCUUAUCUCUGAAGGUAGGACGCAGUAUUUCUCUCUGCACGGGAAGACGGGACACUUGGUGACGGCGGAGAGGAUAGACAGAGAGCAGCUGUGCGAGAGUGAGCAGCAAUGCGUGCUGCGCUGUGAGCUGAUAGUGGAGGGGGAAAUGAAGUUUUAUGAAAUCGAUGUGGAAAUUAAUGACAUUAAUGACAAUGCGCCCAGCUUCAAAGACGUCGAGCUGGAAAUGAGAAUCACUGAGUCGACAGCCCCAGGAUCUCGGUUUGCCCUGGUCAAAGCUCAGGACCCAGAUUGGGGGCCGAAUUCCCUGAACAGCUACGAGCUGAGCGGUGACGAGCAUUUCUCGCUGGCAAUGCAGGAGGGCUCCGGCGGCGAUCGGCGUCCCGAGCUGGUGCUCGCCAAGGCGCUGGACCGGGAAGAGGCGGCGUUUCACGAGCUGGUGCUCAGGGCAAGGGACGGCGGAGAGCCGGCGCGGACAGGGACGGUGCAGAUCCGUGUGGUCGUGCUGGACGCAAACGACAACACGCCCGUGUUUAGCCAAGCAGAGUACACGGUGCGUGUGCCUGAGGACGUGCCCGUGGGCUCCGCCCUCGUCACCGUCACAGCGACGGACCCUGACGAGGGAAUGAACGGGCACGUGAAAUACAGUUUCCAUGAAAUCUCACAGCGGGCUUCAGAACUUUUUUACCUGGAUACUGAGACAGGAGAAAUAUCCCUUCAGGAAGAUUUGGACUUUGAGGAAAUCCCCGCACAUGAAUUUGAGGUACAGGCACGGGACGGAGGAGAGCUGUCUAACACGGCGAAAGUGCUCAUCACUGUGACUGACGUAAAUGACAACGCGCCCGAGAUUUCAGUGCGCUCAGCGCUGAGCGAGGUAUCUGAAGACGCCCCUUCGGGAACGGUGGUGGCCCUACUGCAUGUGCAGGACCGGGAUUCGGGGGCCAACGGACACGUGCGGUGCUCACUAGACGAGGGAGUCCCGUUCAGCCUACAGAGCUCUCGCGGCAGCUACUACAACGUGGUUACGACGAGGCAGCUGGACCGGGAGGAGGUGUCAGAGUACAACGUGACGGUGAGGGCGGCCGACGGCGGGUUGCCGUCGCUGUGGAGCAGCACGGUACUGGCGCUGCGGGUGCUGGACGUGAACGACAACGCGCCGGUGUUCAGCGAGGCGAGCUACAGCGCCCGUCUGCCCGAGAACAACGCGGCGGGCGCGCUGGUGCUGACGGUGCGGGCGCGGGACGCGGACUGGGGGCAGAACGCGCGCGUGCGGUACCGGCUGGGCGACGGGCGGGUGAGGGGCGUGCCGCUGUCGUCGUACGUGUCGGUGCAGGCGGAGACGGGCGCGCUGUACGCGCUGCGCUCGUUCGACUACGAGGAGGUGCGCGAGGUGGGGCUGUGGGUGGUGGCGGAGGACGGCGGCUCGCCGGCGCUGAGCAGCAACGUGUCGGUGCGGCUCGUGAUCGUGGACGAGAACGACAACGCACCGCAGGUGCUGUACCCGCCGGCAGCGCCCGUGUCCGGGGCCGGUGUGGGUGGGUGGUCGGGAGUGGAGCUGGCGCCGCGGUCGUCGGAGCCCGGGGCGCUGGUGGCCAAAGUGGUGGCGGUGGACGCGGACGCGGGGCAGAACGCGUGGCUGUCGUACGAGCUGGCGAAGGCGACGGAGCCGGGGCUGUUCCGCGUGGGGCUGCACAGCGGCGAGGUGCGCACUGCGCGCUUCCCGCUGGCCCGCGACGCUGCCCGGCAGAGCCUGGUGGUACUGGUGAAGGAUCACGGGCGGCCGGCGCUGUCGGCUACGGCCACGCUGACAGUGGUGCUGGCCGAGAGCGUGGCCGAGCUGCUGGCCGAGCUGGGCAAUGAGGCAGCGGCGGCGGGGCUGGGCGAGGCGGCGGGCAGCCUGACGCGCUGGCUGGUGCUGGCCGUGGCGGCCGUCUCCUGCCUCUUCCUCGCCUUCCUGCUGCUGCUGCUGUUAUUGCGCCUGCGGCGCUGGCGCCGCUCUCAGCUGCCUCCUCCGGCGGCGGGUGAUGUCUUGCGUGGCGUCCCGGCCACGCACUUUGUGGGCAUCGACGGCGUCCGCGCCUUCCUGAGCUCCUACUCGCACGAGGUGUCGCUCACCGCGGACUCCCGAAAGAGCAAGCCCGGCAGCUGCUGCGACACCCUCCCGGCCCGCCCUCUGCCUCCCGACGAACCCGCCCCGCUUCUCGGGGAGGAUCCUGGCACCGUCUGCCCACACGACGCAGACGCUGCUCCGGUGACGCUAGAAUGA